AUGUCGGGUUCAAACGUUGGCUGCUGGCCUGCAGCGCUCACAGCAGAGAUGCUGGACAAAGCCGGGGUCCCAAACGUCCUCUGGGGCUGGUGGUCUUUCAGCCUGACGAAUGUUUAUCAUCCUUUUCCCGAGGUUGAGUUUGUGGUCGUUGACGACAAGCUCGACGCCGCGGUGGCUGCUCUCAAAACAUCAAACAGAAUGCGCUUUUGCGCGGAUCCCAAUUGCCCAGAGACGCGUGCGGACAAGUACCCUAACGAGAGACAGCCUCGUUAUGUCAACCAGGCCACGAGCCAGCACAUGAUCAGUCCUGCGAUGGCGGCCCAAAUCAUGGCCACGAAUCGGUUCCAUAUCCUUGCCGACCAGCACUUCCAUCUUGACGCCCGCGGGGGGAGGUUUUCCAUCCUCCGCUUGUACCGCAAAUCUCGGAUGCUCUGGUGGCUGCCAGAGAUCCCCCUUGGCCCCGUGGGGAAUGACGAUUUGAUACUAUCCACCGAUCCCAGUAUUCCAGCUAGUAGGGAAAACGGGGGCAUGGGGACAGGGCCUUGGACAGACCUUUACCCGGUGAAGACACUCAGGGCUGCCAGAUUGUACGAGUCUGUUAUCCUCCUCUUUUGUAUCCAUUGGGCCGCCGCCGAUGAGUCUUACGACGUACUUGACAACAUGGUAAGUACCGGUGUCAUGGACACGAAAAAAGAGGAUAAGUCGAAAAAUCCCGUUUAUGUCGAAAUCAGGGACAACCUGAAGCCCGAGUUCAAGGCAGUCUGGGACUCAUUUCAUCCACCUGUCCCCCGUACAACACCGCGUACGGAGAAUAUUAAUUUCCCGCUCCUGCGGCUGCGCAAGAAACUGCUGGCAGGGGAACUGUCACAGAGCCUGAAUAUGCCGCCCCUGCCUCUUAUCAAUCCCAAUGCCUUGGUGAGGCUUCCGGAUAUUGAGUAG